AUGGCAAAGUUUGGACCUCCCGAGCCUUUUGAUUUCACGCAGCCAGCGGAGUGGCUCACGUGGCGGCAGAGAUUCUCCCGGUUUCGAGUCGCAUCAAAACUUGACAAGGAGAGCGGCGAAGUGCAGGUGAACUCGCUCUUGUACUCUAUGGGGAGAGAUGCCGAACCUAUUUACGGCUCAUUUGUGUUUCCUGCGGCGACCGAGGGCAUGCCACAUCCAGAGUACGACUUUAAUCUGGUUAUUCAGAAGUUUGAUGAACACUUUGUCCCGAAGAGAAACGUCAUCCACGAUCGCGCCUGUUUUCAUAAGCGGAGCCAAAGGGCCGGUGAGGCAGUCGAAGCUUUCGUGCGGAGCCUGUACGAGCUUGCACAGCAUUGUGAGUUCGGUGCGGGGAAGGACGAGCAGAUCCGGGACCGGAUUGUUAUUGGAAUAAUGGACAAAGAGGUUUCUCAAAAACUCCAGUUAGAGGCGGACCUGACACUGGAGCGAGCCAUCCAACUUGCACGUCAAAGUGAACAGGUGAAACAACAAAGUGCAGAGCGUGUGGAAAUUACAGUGAAUGAGGAAGCGGUCCCAUACAGCGUCAACACGCCACGCAGGGUUCCGUUUCCGCUCCUCCCAAAAGUGGAGAAAGAGCUAAAGCGCAUGCUAACUCUCAAUAUCAUUGAGGAGGUUACAGAGCCGACAGACUGGUGUGCCCCAAUGGUGCCUGCUCCAAAACGCAACAAGGACGAGUCUGUUCCUGAGGCCGAACCUCCUGCAGAGCACCCUUGUGCCCAGCCUACAGCAUCGCUGCAGGACAGCGGGUUCCCACUGACGGAUGUGACUGUGCCACCUGAACCACCAGCUAGCCAGAUGCCAGCGGGCCCUUCCAACGAGACUGCCAGCGCCAGGGUGCAGAGGGACGACAGCGCCUCCAUUAACCACGGCCAUAUGCACAACAAGCAACUAAAGCGGGAAAUCCAGGUUUCCAAAUGA